ACUGGAUUUUACCACAACCGCCCCAUGCAGGAAGAGACUUUGCAAGAAAAUUAUAUUGUUGCAAGAAAACUACAUUGAUUAUGAAUACAAGCUUUUUAAAAAGGGGAUACUACAAUACAGGGUGCAAGAUGAAGAUGGGAGAAAAACAGAGGAGACAACAGCAGCUCCGGAAUGCUCCACAGAUUCCUCGCAUUCGAGUCCCUCCCUCCGCCUCGGACACUUCCUUGCUGAAGGACCUAAGCCGAGGGCAGCAGCGAUACUUUCACAGCAUCAUGAGGAUUUACGACUCCAGGCCCCAGUGGGCGGCCCUGCAGGCCCGCUAUAUUCACAGCCUACAGGAACAGCAGCUGCUUGGCUAUAUUACCCAACGGGAGGCCUUGGCUUGUGCCGCUGUGCUUAGGGCUUCAACCGAGAGAGCCGCGGCCAAGGCAGCUUCUCAAGGAAUCCUCCCCAGAAAAGCAUCAGGCGUGGCAAGCACCAGGCGCUCAGCACUGCCUGUGGCUGCGGUUCGACCCAAGGCCCAAAGCACAGGGCUCCGAUCCCCCAGAAUCAAGGCUUUGCACAAGCUCUGAACAGGCAGUUUGCCCAUGUUCUCUUGGCACCUAGUGGGUACUUAGUGCAUAUUUGUUGAAUACGAAUGAAUAAAAGAAUAACUUCGAAUAC